ACGCGCGCAUUGCACGCGGCGCACCACUUGAAUCGCGAGUACGUCAACGUGCGCGCGAACGUUGCGCUCACACGCAGACUACGCAUCCGUGUCUUGUGUCAGUGAAUUUGAAUUUCGAAUUGUGUUUAAUUUUUUUUUCUUUUUUAUUUUCCGAGUGCUGCAGCUUUGAUAAGUGAUCACGAGAUAACAUCCUCUGGCGUGAACCAUCAAUUCAUCAAUCCGAGCGGUUUGUUCCGGGCACAAAUUACAACACCAGCAAAUAAGAUAAAUAACCAUGGGUUGUUCAAGACUACUAAUCAAAUUGGUGUUCCUGGGCUUAGUACUUCACACACAUAGUGCGCCGUCAAGACGAUCGCGAGACGCAUCUCUCCCAGAGGAAACGAGCACCAGCCGACAAAGCAAAUUGCAAGAGAAAUUUAAAGAGACUACCACAACAGAAACACCUGCACCCAAUAACAGACGCAAUAAAGCAUUGAACUUAUUUGGUUACUUCCCAUCUUACUUGUCAUCGGGCCUAGACUACAGUGAAGACGAUGAUGAUGACGUCACUUUUUCUGUAAACGAUGACAAUUUCGAUGACGAUGACUUAUCACGUACCAUUCCAUCGAGACGCCGACAGCAGAAUAAGAAGAAAAAUGGUAAUGGAGAAUCUUUCCCCAAUGAUAACAUCAACUCUCUCCAAUAUGACAACUCUCCCAUCUUCUAUAUCAGAUUACCGCCAACUCCAUACAUGUUUGUACCAGGGUUAGGUUAUGUGUCACAACCACCAAGUCUUGGCCCACCGAUGCCUCCAAUGCUGCCACAGAGUGUCCCAUCCCAAGUGUCUGAUCCUUUUAUUAAUUUGCCUUUGGACUUCGUGUCAAAUGGUAAACCUACAGGAGUUUAUCAAUGGAGUGGCGCGCCUGCUUUCCCUCAAGUGCCACAGAUGCCUAUGGACCCAUAUGGAUUUGGCGGACCUCAACAACUGAUGCCUUCUGGAUCUCGCCCCAGCUACAAUACUCCAUCAUAUCUAAAACCGAAACCAAAACCAGCUCCGAGUAAUUCUAAGAUCACCAACUUGAAGGGUCCGUACGUGUUUAACGGAAAACCUGGCGAUAGCGUUUACGUGUUACGAGACACUUAUAACUCCAUUUAUUCGGAUGCUCUUCAGAAUUUCUAUCCUUAAGAUUUUGUUUAUUGGUACAUGAAGUUAAAUGGCUCGUAUCGAGCCCACAUUACUUUGGAGUCUGAUGAGAUAUUAAUGUAUAAUAGCUACAUAAAAUUGCAAUAGGCUUAGAUGUAAUAAGGUUGUCAAUGUUUGCGACAAGGAUCGUUUAAUGUUCACAAAUUUGAAAAGACAAAUACUUAGAUGUAUUUUAAAAUGAUUGAUAUUAAUAUACGAAAUUUAACAUAGUUUUUGGAUGACGCCCAAUGUAUUUAAGUCACACACAGCCACAGUAGGUAUAUACAACCUACAGAGGUUCCGAAGAAAUACGCCUGUGUAGUACUACAUAAUAUGUAUAAUUCGUUAUAGUCAUCUAGUAACAUAUUAUGUGUUUAAUUUAUUAUUAAAGUUCUAAGAACAAUAUACUUAUCUUUAUAUUUAUUAUGUAAGUAAUUAAAUGUAAUACUAGAUAAUAAAGAUUUUCUACAUAAUAAAGGUUUCGUUAUCGAUGUAAUCAACAAUAUAGGAGAUUAUUAAUUUAGCAACUGUCUUAAGUAAUUUUGAGUCAGAGUAAGCAAUAGAUAGUUUUGUAAGCAUUAGUUAUCUACUUACAUUUUCAUAAUUUAUUUUAUUAAAUUAACUUUGAACUAAUUUAUUUUUAUAGAAUAAGACGUACAAAACUGUGCUCAAAAUGCGUGCUAAAACCGUCCCUUAUGUUUAAAUUUAAGAAUAAUGCAUUUUGCUCAUAAUUUAUUUAAUUUAAGACUUAUGUAUCUACGUUAUAAAGGUCCACAUUAUUUACCUAUUUAUGUGAUAGAUAGAUAAUUAAAUCUACUAAGGCUAAAAGCUCUCGUUUGAAAAAUGCAUAUUACGAGUAAAAUAAAAUAAAUGUGAAAAUUUUUGAAAAAUAAUCGAAUGUGUUCUGGUAAAAAGUAUGUAAAGUUUUAUUCUUGUACUUAAGCAUUAUUUGUACAAUUGAUAAUAAUAUUGACUGAAAAAAUUAUUUCGAUACUAUUUUUGUGUAUUUACUAUUAAAUGAUAUCUAAUAAAAACGAGAUG